AUGCAGGUCAAGACUCUCAACCUGACUAAUCACCAGUGUCUCACACCAGCCUCGUCACAACACCUAUCAGAGGAACUGUGUUCUAUGCCAAACUUAACUGGCUUGACACUCGAUAGAGGGGAUUUACGUGAGGAGUUCUACUCUACAUGGAAAGCAAACGCAUCAUCCAUAAAGGUCAAGACUCUCAACCUGACUAAUCACCAGUGUCUCACACCAGCCUCGUCACAACACCUAUCAGAGGCACUGUGUUCUAUGCCAAACUUGACUGACUUGACACUCGAUGGAGGGGAUUUACGUGAGGAGUUCUACUCUACAUGGAAAGCAAACGCAUCAUCCAUAAAGGUCCAGACUCUCAACCUGACUAAUCACCAGUGUCUCACACCAGCCUCGUCACAACACCUAUUAGAGGCACUGUGUUCUAUGCCAAACUUGACUGACUUGACACUCGAUGGAGGGGAUUUACGUGAGGAGUUCUACUCUACAUGGAAAGCAAACGCAUCAUCCAUAAAGGUAUGUGUGUACUAAUGUAACUGCAUGGUGACGGUCAUUGGCAGACAGAAA